CUCGCCCAGUUUAUAUUACACGUGCGUUUUGGGACCAUCUGAUCUACACUAUGUACAAUACACUAUAGUAGUGAGUUAUGGGUAUUUUUAUUUGAAUCUUUUAUUCAUACUUUCAACAUAACGCUUAGAUGUGACUUAAAUUUUCGUGAAAUUUGCACGCACAAUAAUUAUUAAUUUGACCACUAAAUAGGCUAAAUAAAUUUUAAAAUCAUACUUAAAAAAGUUUAAGUUAAAAGUAAAAGUAAGUCUAGCUCAAGGUGGACUGGUAGAACUAACGAGCCUAGGCCUAGUCGACCUAGUACUACAGUCACACGGAUUAUGAAUUGUCGGCGAGGCUACUCUGAAGUUGUCUCUAAUAAUAUUUAACUCAUACUAACUGAAAAAUAAUAGUACUGUUAGUACUAAAAGUGUUAGUAUGUUAUAAGCCUAAUUUUGGCUAAUCCUAGUUGUCCUAGUUAUGAUUGCCACGACUUAUUUUCCAGGGAGUGACUUCCCUUUGUUUAUUUUUACUAAAUUAUUUUAGGGAUUGAUUUAGUUUUAGGGUUCAGGUUAGGCAUAGGGAUCGAUUUAGGGUUUCAGGUUAGGCAUAAGGAUCUAUUUAGGGUUCAGGUUAGGCAUAGGCAUAGGGAUAGAUGACUUCGCGUGACGUGUUAACCAAGAUGGCGGCCAUUGAGAAAAUAGUGGCAAUCGUAGUCAAAAUUUACCCUAAUUAUAUUUAGCCUGCACUAAUCAUAACUUAUCUAAAUUAUUCUCAAAUGAAUUCUAACUUCGAUCAUGUGUCGUCAUCCCACCCCCUGCCUUUAUCAUAUUUUUAGACAGUAGGUGGGCCUAGUAAAAAAAAAAUGUCCUCUAGAAUGUAGAUCACCAUCUUGCUAGUAACCAUUUCCUAGAGAGAGGCCUCUGCACACAAUUAUUCUGAGUUACAAACUAGUUCUCUCCUGUUAUUUUAAUUUAUUUUAUUUUAUUUUGCUUUCUUUUUUUUUUCAUACAGGUAUUGAUGAAACCAGGUGAUUCUAGAAUGUCGAUUCCACGAGGUCUACCAGAUUUGUCUAGCCCACCACCAAAUCUGCCUAACAUGUCCAAGCCACCACCAAAUAUCUCCAACACACAAUUCUAUAAUGGCAACACAGGAGGUGCAGGACCGUUUCCUCCUCCACAUUUUCCAACAAAUAAUAACUACCGUCAUCCUUUUGGAUUUCCAAGGAUGCCCCCUAAUCAAAAUAGGCCAAAUUAUCAACCAAGAUACAAUCAGUUGAAUCAGUGCCCUCCAAGGCAGCCAUUUUGCAAUCGGUUUAACUAUGAUAUAAACAGGUUUAUGUAUCCCCCACACAUUGUCCCUGGACAGACUAAGGCUCCUGAUGAAAAAUUUAGUGGAGCUCAACAAAUGAAUGUGACUCCCCAAGAAAACUUUUCUAAUUCUAAUGGAAGUACCACACAUUUCCAAGGGCAAGGUCAUACUCCUUGGAGAGGACCAAAUCCGACCAGCUUCAGGGGUGGAUUUCCACCUCGAGGUGGCCAGGGUGGUGGUAGAAACCAAGGUUUCAAAAAGGUACAUUUAAAUCUUUUUAUUAUUUUAUGGUUUAAACUUUAAGGGCAAUAUUUCUUAGCCGAUUCACUUUUGAAUAAUUAAGUUCUUCAUAAUCUGUCUCCCAGGUUAGGAUGGGGUAGAUUUAAAAUUCUAACUGUAUCUAUCCUAAACCUGUUAAGAACUCUGGAGACAUUAUUGUCCUGGCACGUCUGGUCAGAAGAGCUCCUGGAAUUUCGGCCCCCUAUGUAUAGUUCAUAGGGAAAAUUUUUGGGUCAUCUUUACCUUUUUGUGAUCAGAGAGUGAAGAAGCAGGACGUUGGGCAAGUUGUGAAAUUGUCGGUACAGUGGGGCUUGAUGAAUAAGAGAAAGGCCUACUCCUUUUUGUAUUUAACAAUAUAAUAUAUGAAGUCAUUUCUAAAAAUUCUAUUUCUGCAUCUUAAUAGUAACUGUCAUCAUGCUUGAAUUUGUAAAAUAUUAACAAGGGAAUAAAUAAACAAAGCCAAAUUAAAAUGAUUUUAAUGCAGUCAUAAAUUAAACAACACCUAAAAAGAAAGUUUUUCCAUUCACAUUAUAAACAAAAAAAACUGAUUUUUGGGGGGUAGGUUUGAAAAUUUGACAGAAUGAGUUGGCAAUGCUUCUAUGUGCUAAGUUUCAGCUUGAUAGGUUGAAUGGAAGUGGGUCAAUUAGCCAUCCAAAGAUUUUACCAGCCAGCCAGGUACAAAAGCAAAGUUAAUAUAAUAUAAAGGAAUUUAAAAACUAAAAUUUUAAUUUAAGUUUUCAAUGAUUUUUUUAACCAGAAGGUUAUAUUAUUUAAAUAUUUUUCAUUGUGGUGUUUGAAAUUUGAAUAUGUAAUUGUAUUAUAUAUUGUAAUUUUAAACAUAACUUGCACUGUUGCAUUAUCUUUUUGUUACACUAGAAAAAAGAAACGGUGGAUAAAAGACUUCUGCCUGAGAACAAUGUCUUUUUUUGUGACAUCUGCGAUCGUGGUUUUAAGAAUGAGGAGUUAUACAAACAACACACGGAUGGUCAUAUAAAGGUAAAUCAUGGAUUCAUGUUUUACAAACAACAUACAGGUGGCCAAAGUAAAUACAUGACUUAAUAAUACAUCUUUAUAACUUUUAAACAUAAUUUCAAAAAUAUGUUAAAACUCAUCAUCCAUUGAUUAUAUUUUGACUGCUAAGGCUGGCAUAGAAUCUGAUCUAGUGCUUCCAUACUCAAAGCACUGCUUAUUAUGAGUGCCAAAAAAUUAAUUUUUUAUACUUACUUUCCUCCAAACCCAGUGUCUUCUUUACAUUUUCUGACAACCCUCCCCUUGGGCAUGAUUCACCAAUAAUGCCCACUCCCCCCCCCCGAAAAAAAAGUAGAUGACUAUCAAAGGCUGAAUAGCAAGUUUAUAAAUUAUUUUUUAAAUCUUUUUAAGCCUAAGCACUAGCAAAAUUCAAUUAUAAUUGUUUUUUUUUUUUUUUUUUUUUUUUUUUAUAAUUUUUUUUUUAAAUCUUUUUAAGCCUAAGCACUAGCAAAAUUCAAUUAUAAUUGUUUUUUUUUUGUUUUUUUUUUUUCUAAAAUAUCUGUUUGCCUAUAAAUAAUUCUGAUGUUGUCAUGUCAUACCUAAUCAACAAGUUGAAGUUUCAUAUUCAUUCAAUUUCAUAAUAUAACAAUAAAAUUGCCUCAGUCGAAACAGCUAAAUUUUGUUGAUAUAAAAGUAUGUAAGUCUUGUGAAUCAAUAAAAUAUGUCUUUUCUGUUACUACAUCAUUUGGUAGGACAUAAUCCUUGUCUAAAAAAGUAUUUUAGCAACAAUUUUUUUUUUUUUAUUACCUGAAACAAUUCUAAAGAAUAAGCAAAUUAUAUGGAUUGACCAUCCACUUAAUUUUUUUUUUGAGGCCGAUUUUUUGGUUAAAAUUUGACACUAAUUUUUUGCUCUCAGUCAAUUUUUUUUAUGCAACCUGGUAAAAACAAUAUGUGGAACGCAAAGAGAUAUAAAAAUAUAUAUGGCCGGAAAAAAAGAUAAAGAAUAAUAAUUUUUAAUGACACCUGUGAAACAUGUACCUUGUCUUUUCACAGUGCUCUUACAAAGACUGUCCCUUUAUCGCUGCACCAAAGCUUGUCCAACUUCACAUGUCAAUGGCAAGUAUUCAUUCUAUUUUAAUGCAGACAACAAACGUGGUUAUUUAGUUACUUACAUUUUUAAGAUUAAGCUUACGCUUAUGUCAGGGAUCACAUUGGGAAACACUAUUUCCUUCUAAAUAUAAAUGUUUAAAGUUUAAAAUGAAUUUCAUUGCAUGAUAAUUUUUUUUUCUAGCAACAUAAAACAGGCCUGGCAAAGAAAGUCUGGAGCUUGGAGUCUGAAGAAGAUGUAAACAAAUGGAGAGAGGAGAGGAAAAGGUAGCUGUCUUUCAUGUCCUGGACUGAAUAAAUGUUAACACAUUUUAAAGAAUGCCUAACUUUGUAUCUUUGUUAACUAAUGAACUAAUCUGUUGUAGAAACGAAAGGUAAAUUAAAUAAUUUUUCAAGGAUUGUUUGAAUACGGCUGUGCAUUUUUUUUAAAGAGCUGUGAUUUUUUAAUUUCAGAUGUUUUCCUACAUUAGAAAAUGUUGAAAAGAAGAAACAAGAAUUGGCUGCAAAGAUAGCUAGAGGGGAAUGCAUUCAAACCAAAGAUUUCAGGUAUGAGCAUUGAAACAAGAAUUGGCUGCUGCAAAGAUAGGUUGGGGGAAUGCAUUCCAACCAAACAUUUCAGAUUAAUUAGACACAAACAAUUUGUGUCAAUAUAACAAUAUAUGUUAAGCUUUAAUAAUAAUUAUACAUAAUACGUAAGUAGACAUUUCAGUGCAUGCCUUGAUCAGUACAAUAAAACAUUCAAAUAAGUAUAAAUUAAAUUUACAUAAUAUAUAUAUAUAUAUACAUAUAUCCUACCUAAAACAUUGAAACAAGAAUUUGCGGCUUCAAAGAUGGGUUGGGGGAAAGCAUUCAAACCAAAGAUUUCAGUUAAGAGCAUUAAAACACAGAUUGGCUGUUGCAAAGAUAGGUUGGGGGAAAGCAUUCAAACCAAAGAUUUCAGUUAAGAGCAUUAAAACACAGAUUGGCUGUUGCAAAGAUAGGUUGGGGGAAAGCAUUCCAACCAAAGAUUUCAGGUAUGAACAUUGAAACGCAGAUUGUACUGGUUUUUGCUCUGUUCAUUCUUUGAUGGUCACUCUGUGUGCAUUUCUUUACUUUGUGGACAAGUACCGGUAUUCAAAUAUGUUUUUUUUUUCAAAUAUUAAUUGUAUUAAAUAGUUGUAACUUAUGCCCCAAAAUUAACAUGCUAAUAUUUUCCCCUUUGAUAUUGUUGAAACUGGGGAUGAAAUUAAAUCUGUGGACUGAGUAUUAGAAAAAAAUGUAAAAUGACAAUGGCGUCAUCCCAACCAUCACCGCGAUUUGUCAUCUUUGUUGUCGUGUCCCUCGUUCCUCGGGCUUGCCUCUUGUGGACACUUCUGCCGCAUGCUUUUUCCAGGAAAUAAACUGAAGUCUGGACUGGAGAUUGAGCCCUACAGAAACAACACAAGGAUGAAUGGGGGAAAAAUAAAAAUCAUCUUGAUUUUUUAAAUUCCUGGCUAUUCCUAACCAUUUGUAACAUUUCAUAGAGUGUACAAUAGUUGGUUCUAAAUUAAUCAAGAUUUCUGCUUUUGGGUAAAGCAAAAAAGGAAAAAUUAGUAAGUUGGUCUUAAUAAGAAUCAAUUCCAAUUCUGGAAAUAACAUUAUUUUUGGGGGGUAGCUUCUUGGAUCAAUUCCCUCGAUAUCCACCUUUUGAAAAUCAGCUAUUGUAUGCUUGUAAUUAGUUUUUGUAGUGUUGCGUUUGUUUUAAAUGUGGUAAAUUAUAGAUUUGUUUUUUGUUGACUUUGUACCGCGCUUCGAGCCUUUGGGGAUGAAGCGUGUUUUUGAAAUGAACUAUUAUUAUUAUUAUUUGAAGGAGAUAUAUUUGUAUCAUGAAAUUUUUGUGUUUUCUUAGUAAAAUGAAAGAUGGCAGACAAAGAGGCAGAGACAGACGAGGCAGGGGGCGCGGUGGCAGAAGGGGGAGGUGGAGGAAUCAGGAGUACGCUAACAAGGACUUUCCUGUCCACGAACACAGAUCUGGCAGUGACGACGAUGCACCUGAAGAAAUUCAAAUAAGGAAAUCGUCUGAAACUCUAGGUAAAUAAAUGGUGGGAACCAGUGGUUUAAUGUCUGACCCCACUUUGUGUCUUAACUUUAAAUCUAAUGUCUCCUCUGUAAUUUGAAUCUCUGGCACCCCCUGAAAUUCGAACUGUUUAAAAAUGACACAUCUCUUACAUCAUAGUUUAUAAUGUCAUUCUGUGAGGAAAACCCUAAACAAUUUACCCUGAAUGACACCAAGCCUCCCCGAAGAAAGGCAUUAUGCAGAGAAUUUUGCAGGUGUUUGGUGUUAACAUAACGGUUACUUUGACACACACACAACGGUUACUUUGACACACACAAUGGUUACUUUGACACAUGCAACAGUUACUUUGACACACACAACGGUUACUUUGACAUACACAGCGGUUACUUUGACAUACACAAUGGUUACUUUGACACACACAGCGGUUACUUUGACACACACAAUGGUUACUUUGACACACACAACGGUUACUUUGACACACACACCCCUAAUGCUUGCAGAAGUGCCAACAAAUUUAUUUCCCUUACAGCUAGCUUAUAAAUUAUAGGUUACAGUUUAUGGAAAUAACUUACAACCCAAGUAAAUUAAUUUGUACAAUUAACUUUAUGGACAUUAUAUUUUUCAUUUGCAUCAUUUAUACAAUAUCAGAGGGCAGCCCUGAUGAAGGGGGACAACCCAACCAAGAGACAUCAGCACACAAAGACACUGACUUGGAGUCUAAAACAAAAGGUCUUGCAUUGCUUGCAUCAUACGGAGACUCAAGUUCUGAAUCUGAGGAAAUUGAAGAUUUCAGCAGCAUAGGUAAUGUCUGGGUUAUUAACAUGGGAAAUUUAUAGGUUUUUAAUAUGGGUAAUGUAUGGGUUUUGACAUGGGUAAUGUAUGGGUUUUUAACAUGGGUAAUUUCUAGGUUUUGACAUGGGUAAUGUCUGGGUUUUAACGCUUGUAAUGUCUGGGUUUUCUUCUAUGUUUUUCGCAUUUAUUGACAUAGAUUUUUAUUGAACUUUUCCAUUUGAUGAUAGCUUGAAAAAUUAUGCCAAUGUUUAAUCUCACUACAUUUUCCAAAAAAAGUGGAAGCUUUGCCUAUUAUAGUUGUUGCACAAAUUCGUUAAAAUAAGUAUGUGAUGAAUGGUUGAUUCCCCAGACAGUUCACACCAGUUUUUAAAUUAUUUUACACUUUGUUUCAGGUGUGAAAACCCUUGAGGUUCAAUCAGAAACAUCCUCGGCUGUUCGGGUUCAGAGAGCCAACCUGCUACCAAAUCCUUUUACCCAAGCAGCGCAGACAACAGGCACCCCCACACUGUCGGCUUCUUCAAUCAUAGUGAAUGGUAGCUCGAAUUCUACAGGGAAAAAUAAAAUUGAUUCUUUUGAAAACCAGUCCCCAGAUUCUUUAGAAGACGAAGGUCCUAACAUUACAACCACAACUUGCAAUACCGGCUUGUCAGAUGGCCAAGUCAUCACAUCCGACCGAUGUGAAAACAUAUUGACAGAGAAGACUGAUCCGGGCCAAGGAAAGGCUGCCGCUGACAUCACACAGAAACGUUUUCAUGUUGAGCGCAAUGAUAAGGGGCCCAAUGAUAGAGGGCCCUCUUAUAAACGGAUGAGAAGAGGAGCUCCACACGAGUACACACUGCUUGAGAAGGUAGAGUCAAGAUGUUUUUCUUUCUUCUAAAUUUCAUCUUCUGUUUACAGUUAAUGGUAUAUAAAGAGAGUUGCUUUUAUAUGGGAAUACCUAUACAUUUAAUAGCUGGCUCUGACAGGCCAUGGGAUCAUAAAAACAAACAUUUUGUGAAAUGAAUGGGGUGCACACAAGCCCACGGUGCAUCUCAUAUUUUUGCGUAAUGCUGGUUCCCCUUGUUAAAGUCCGUGCUUUCCAAACUUUCUAUUUUGCGACAAACUUUUUAGACAUUCAUGACACAGUCAGUUUCACUUGUAUGUUGCAACACUGUUUGGAAAGCACUUGUUCAGGUGAUUACUGGUAUCAAUGAUUGGACUCUAUGUUCCUUCCAGUCUUUAUUACUCUAUUGCAGAUUUCAGUUUAAGAAUUUUUAUACGGUAAUCUUUCCAACGGGCUUUGAUUAAUUAAUGAUAUUUUUUGUCCACUUACAAAUAUUUUAACAUGGAGAGCUAAACGUUAUAGAUAGUAUUAAAUAUUAUUUCUUUUAUCAAAUUGUUUUCAGCUCUUAGCACCAGAAAUUAGAAGAGAACGUAACAAAGUCCUGCAGUGUGUACAUUACAUCAUCAAGCACAAGUUCUUUCAUUCCUCGUCUACAAGCUGUGAUCAAGAAACGGUGUAGCAAAGAAACUAAUUCAAUUGGCAAUGGAGAUGUCACUUCACAAAUGAUCUUAUUUAGAAUAACCUUUAAAUUUAAUUUUUGUGAAUCAGCAUAUUGAUCACAAGUUUAAUUUUUGUGAAUCCGCAUAUUGGUCACUAAUUUAAUUUUUGUGAAUCAGCAAAUUGGUCACAAAUUUAAUUUUUGUGAAUCAGCAUAUUGGUCACAAAUUUAAUUUUUGUGAAUCAGCAUAUUGGUCACAAAUUUAAAAAUGUGCUGAUGAUGAUGUCCCAAAAUAAAUUAAAUGUUCAUAGAAAAAGCAUUUAAAAAUUUUGUAAUAGCGUAAUAGUCAUACAAAAAAAAUGCCAAAAUACAUUUAUAAUGUAAGUGGUUACCAAAGGCUGAUGUCAUGUACUGUAUGGAUUAAGAUAAAAUAAAAUACAAAUUUAACACGAUGAAUAAUAAAUAAUAAUAUUUUAUUCUUCUAUGUAAAUUGUCCACCGCAGAAUAUUGUUCUCGCUGCCACUUUGUGAGCCUCUUCUCCUGUGUAAGGAUGUCUUUGUUGUCCAUUGUCAGAUUGGGCCAACCCAAUCCACAUUAGCUAAGAACAUGUGAUCCCCGCUGUUGAUUAUUUUUUUUUAAAAAUCAUUUUAUGGGUACAUGAGGACAGCUGUGGUAACUUUGCUUUAGUUGUCAGUGUACAUUCCUAUCUGUUUUAGGGAGGGGACAGUUGGGAGAUGGACUGUUGUUAACAGAGACAUCAGUUGUUAAAACGAAGUUGAAAACCGGUUGCUUAAAAAAUGUUCAAGCUCCUCUGCAUAUUAGAAUUAGAUGGCUUAAGACUUAAGGUAUGCACAAGCUCCAGCACUCAGUAGCGCAGGUGGGGGAUUCAUGGGUGGGGGGGGGGAAUGACCAAGUAUAAUACUCUGUAGAGUGCAAGUGCACAUUCAUUGAGAAAGGGGGGGCACCAUGAGUUACAGCAGUUACUUGCUAUGUCAUUUUUUUUUUACUACUACUGUUACAAUAUUUACAAUAAUACUCUGUAGAGUGCAAGUGCACAUUCAUUGAGAAAGGGGGGGCACCAUGAGUUACAGCAGUUACUUGCUAUGUCAUUUUUUUUUUACUACUACUGGUACAAUAUUUACUGCUUUAUUGUUGAAUUGUGCAUUCAUUGAUGAAAUGUGCAAUGUGCACUUCUU